AUGUCGUGUUUUGAGUUUGAAGUGGACUUGUUAGUUCGGGACGUGUUCGUUGAGCUGAGACAGUAUGCCCGCGCCAACGGCCUUGAGGUGACGUUCCUGCUGCUCUCGGGCCAAGGCGGCCGCUUCGAGGACUCGCCUGGUUCAUGGCAGACUGUGUGUGAUCGCCUGGAGGAGAUUGAAGCCUCUGACAGCCCAAUCACGCUGCUGCUUCUGACGGGGCAAGACUGGGGACGUCCCUUGCCGCCAAUGGUGAUCCCAAAGGACCACGAGCACCUGUACAACGCAGACCACCUACAGCAGUUCUACGUGUUCGACACCAACCACGACGCGUGGCACCUUGCGUCCGAGAACCUAGAUUCAUUGGAUGAUGUGGUCAAGACCAUGCAGCCCCCUUCAGGGCUGGAGCACGUGUGCCGCAUGUUCCUGACAGAGCGCAAGACCAAGAGCUUCUGGAUUGCAAGAAAGGUCGCCAGUGCCUCUUCGCUCGCACAGGACAAGGUUGCUGCACUGGGUCGCCUGCUGCCGCGGUCAUCAUCCGGUGACGUCGAUGCGGAACGGCUGCGACGCGCAGAUGCUGCACACAACAACGCUGCGGCCGUGCUGCCGAAGAGCAAGCGGCGCCUGCUUGAGGUUGACGUGAGCGCAUGCGAGAGCCCAGGCGAGAUGGAGAGCGCCAUUGACGCGUACAGGAGCGAGCUUCGUCGCGUCAUGUUCAUGUUCCUUCAGCGCUACAUCAACGCCGUUGUCCAACAAACAGACGCUGGUGCGCCUGUGCGCGGGACGGUUGACACGGAGCACCACCAGACGCUGCUGCGGCACCGCGCUGACCGCCACCCCAUGCGCGAGGACCUCAUCGCCCAGGUCAUCAAGUUCACAAACUUCGCCAGGGAGAUGGAGGGGUCUCCCUCUGCGUCGAGUUUCCUGGUGCUCCACGGGCAUUCGUGCAUCGGCAAGUCCACGCUUGUCGCCCACGCCGUCCGCCGCGGCCUCGUCUCAGCAAAAGGCACGGUUGCUGUGACGCGGUUCAUUGGGCGCGGGUGCCAGAGCCAGCGGCUGACGCUGCGCCGGCUGCUGCACAGCAUCAACGAGGAGCUCUCGCGCGAAUACAGGCGCGAGGCAGCCACCGCCGUCGCCGCAAUCGACCAGGAGAUUCAACAAGCAGAGGUGGAGCUGGCGGCUCUGGAGGAGCAAGCGCGAGAAGAGCGUGCCGCGGGUGCGGAGGUGGUGAUCCCGGAGUGGGAGUACGAAACGCUUGACCAGCUCCGCGCCACACGCUCGCUCCUCAAAUACAACAGCGACACACUCGGCCCAGCCGCAUCGCAGUUCCAAAAGAAGCUACAGCUUGCCUCUGCGAAGCGGCCGCUGUUCCUGGUGCUGUGCAACCUCGACCGCCUGGACGAGCCAGACCUCGCAGAGAAGCUCGACUGGCUCCCCAUGGAGCUCCCAAAGCAUGUGCGAGUCCUCAUUACGACAGAGCAAGGGCCUGUCUUUGACGCGCUGCGGGCACACGUACUCGAUCCAUUCUGCUUCGUGGAGGUGCCCGAUUUGGACUUUGUGGACAACGACACGACGUUUGACAAGUGGCAGGAGAAGCACUCGACGACGGAUGCGCAGGGCCGGCUGCUGCUGUCCACCAUCCAGGACGCCAACCACCCGCUGUACACGCAGCUGCUGCUCGCAGAGGCGUCGCGAUGGCGCUCGUUUGACAGCCCACAGCGCCUCAAGCGCCAGAUUCCGCGCAGCAAAGGCAGCCCGCAGGACACGCUCACCAAGCACGUCGCUGUCAUGUGUAAGCGGUACCCAUGCGAGGACAUUGUGCAUCGAAUCCUCGCGUACAUUACCUUUUUCACAGAGCACCCGCUGUCGGAGACGGAGUUGUUGGACGUGCUGUCGCUGGACAACAUUCUGCUGGACCUGUUUGCCACCCACCUCGGCUGCACGCCGUGUGGCCGCAUGUGCGACGCGGUGUGGUGCGACGUUGCCCUUCGCCUGCGCCCGUUCCUCGCCCACCCGGGCGACCGCGGCGUGGUUGCGUGGUGCCACGACGACAUUGCCGCCGCCGCCCGCAAGUUCUUCCUCGAUCCCAUCGUGCAUCAGGUCGCCUCUGUUGCUGCCGAAUUCCUCGCCGGCACAUACGCGGACGUGGAGAAGCCGCUGCAGCUCAAACCGGCGACGGCAAAGGCCUUUGGCAUUGACCCAACAGAGCCCAAGUGGCGCGGCGUGUGCCCUCAGCCGUUGUCAUUCACACACAACGACGCCCACGCCCUCCUGCCGCCGCCAAACAUGCGCAUCCUCGACUCGAGCGGCGAGUUGCUGGCGUGCCUUGGCGAUUGGAAGAGUCUACUUGAGCUCUACCUGUGCAACUUCGCCUGGCUUGAAGCGAAGCUUGCUGUGCAUUCCCCAAUGACGAUUGUGGAGAUGGUGGCGCGGUUUGACAUGAGCAGCGCCACGCCCGUGGUGAAGACGACGCUGUCUGACCUCUCUGCCACCCUGCAGGCCAUCACCAGCGAGAACACGGGCCCUGUACAGCUCGCCAAGCAGCUGCUGCUCCGCCUCCCCGUGUCCACAACACCGCUGCAGUGUCUCCGACACCAGGCUGAGCUGGCCAUUGGCAAGGGCGAGGGUUUGCUGUGGCCCUCAGCGCCGCUGCUCCCCGUUGCCGAGCUCGAGUGCAUAUCUGUCAUCCGCACACCGGGGUGGAAGUGCUGGUGGGCUGGUGUUGCACUCGCAGGCGCGACGGGCGACAAGAAGACGCGGGCGACAACGUCGCGGCUUGAGCUGGUGCUGGUGUGGCUCAACGCCGCCAACCGCGACAUGCUGCACCUGUACAACCUGCGCACGGGCACGCUGUUCUUUGAGAAGGAGCUUGACCCCGUGCUGAAGGACGUGGGCCCGCUUGACGUUGGCGCGGGCGAGGAGGGCGAUUCGUACGGCAUCGCCGGUGUGGGCAUUGGCGACAACAUGAAGGGCGCGGCGGUGUGGAGCAACGGCCAGGCGCGCGUGUGGGCGCUACCGGCCGGCGAACAACUGCUGGAGUUUCAGGCGCUGGACACCGUGGUGGACGCCGUGAUGAGCGGCGAUGGGACCACCCUUGUCACCACCAACGAGGAUGCGUAUGCCGUGUGGGACACGUCCACCGGCAAGCUGCUGUGCGGGGAGGAGGGCCUGGUCAAUGUGGCUGCUGUUGCUGUCUCGCGGGACGGCCGCACCGCCGCUGUUGCCAAGGCCUCUGGUGGCGUUGUGUUGGUGGACACGGCCAAGGCAAGCACCACCACCUUCCCCGUGAAGACGGAGCAGGUGGUUGUUGCCGUUGCGCUGCAGGGCCGCUCGCGCCUCGCCGUGUCGCUGGACGACAGUACCGUCAUUGUGUACGACAUUGGCAGCAAGAAGCAGGUGCUCUCCUACACACACCCGGGCCAAGUCGAGAGCGUGGCGCUGUCGGCCAACGGGUGGUGUGCGAGUGCCUCUGGCGGUGACAAGUCAGACCGUCGCAUUCACCUGCACGAUGUUGGGUUUGGCAAGCGGCAGCUGCUGGUUGGCCACGCUGCGGACGUGAACAGCGUGGCGUUCCACCCGUCCCUGGGCGAGUGUGUCGUGAGCGCGAGUCAUGACGGCACGGUGCGGCUUUGGCGCAGCCAGGAUGAUCUCGCUGCUCUUCCCAAUCGACACAUCCACGACGACGCCGUUGACUUUGUGCGCACCAGUCCGCACUUUGCAGUCAGCGCGAGUGCGACGUACGCGACGCUGCACUUCUGGUCGCACGACGGGGAGUGGCAGCGGAGUGUGUGCCUCAAGGGCCGCAGCGAUGAGGUUGACGCCAGCUGCUACCUCACGGGCCGCGUCGCCGUGUCCGACGAUGGCGAGUAUGUCGUCAGCACGCUGGCAGACCACAGCGUGUGCUGCUACGCGUGGAGCAGCGAGAAGCUGGAGAUGUGCAGCGUGCCCAACGCAACGCAGGCGCAGUUUGUCAACAACGGCAAGACAACGACGGUUGCUGUUGCCUCGAAAAACGCGCUUGUUCUCAUUGACGCCGCGAGCGCCGAGGUGAAGAAGCGGCUUGAGCUGGGCGAUGCCCCCAUACGGGCGCUGGCGGGGCUUGCCUCGGACAAGUACAUGGUGGCCGCCUUUGACGAGCGGCUGCUUGCCAUUGACACGGAGAAGGGCCAAAUACUGCGCCAGUUCUCGCGCGAAGCGGCCGGCAGCGAGCUGCUGCUGUUGCAGGUGCUGAAGCGCAACGGCACGCCGUGGGUGCUGUCGUACGAGGAAGGCACGCCCUCUGUCAUCCUGCGCUCGCUGCUGUCUGCGGACGAGGAGUUGGCGCUGGAGAGCAACAACACGAGCUGCGCGUGUGUCUCUGCGGACGGGCGGCUGGUGACCAUUUGCAGCAACGCGGGGGACGUGGAGGUGUAUGACGUCGAGGCUGGCGGGCUUGUUCUUCAGGAGAACGGCGCGCACGGCAACGCUGUGGAGCAGUGCGUGUUUUCCGCUGACGGGCGGUGGCUGCUGACGGCGGGCCAGGACACGCUGGUCAAGUGCUGGGACGUCAAGGCCGGGUUUGUGCUCACGGGCACGGAGCAGUGCGCCUCCCCUGUAUCAUCGCUGGCAGUGACGCAGGGUGGGCGCGGGGCCGUUGUUGGCCUGCGCAGCGGCGUUGUUGGGCACCUGAGCCUUGUCUCUGCGACGCAGAGCCCGCGGGCGGACGUUGCGUAUGGGGAGUCUUUGCUGUACAACCUGGUGACGACGGUGGAGAGGAGCACGCGGUCCAAGGCCAAGGCCAAGUCGAAGCCGCGGCGGUCGGAGUCCCCGUCGUAUUCCGGCAGCAACGCCAGCAGCGCCACCAACACCAGUGCACGUGUUGGGCGCGAGGCGACCCGCACCGGUCGUGGUGGUCGUGGUGGUGGUGGUAACCACGACAAGAAAUGCUGCACCUUGCUCUAA